UGAAUCUGGCCCCAAAUAUCUUUUCUGUCUCUUGUUUGCAUGAUUCUUACCAUCUGAUGCUGUUAACCUCCCUUUUUAAGCAGCCGAAACUCUAACAUGCAGACUCUGCAGGCUUGUUUCUGUAUCACAGUCAUGGUUGUAAAUAAGAAGUGGCUCUAGUGAAGUCAAGGGGGUUAAACUGCUGUCUAAAUGUAAGUGAGAUCAGGGUCAGACUCUAGAAGGGUGAUUCUCCUUUUGUGUAAUUCAGAAGUAACUCCCCUCAAGUCAUUGGAAUUGCACAGUGUAAAACUGCUGCAAGAAAAAAAUGGGGUUCUCCAGCUAUGUGUGAUGUUCUGAGCCUGAGAAAGUCCAGUGAGCCUGAUUCUCCUCAGACCUGCACCACUUUGACUUUACUGGAGUUACUCCUCAGUUAUAUCAGGGCUAGUGAGUGGAGGAUCUGACCCAAAGGUUAUUUCAACCUGUUAAAGAUUGUGGCCCAGAUCCUCAGCUGGUGUAAAUCAGCAUAACUCCAUUGCAGUCAAUAGAGGUACAUCAAUUUACACCAGCUGAGGAUUUUAUCCUUGUGUGUCUCCUCAUUUCUGUUCCAGUGACGCUCUAGUAACAUCAAGCCCCCUCGUAUACCAUUUUCUUAGUCAUUGUCAUUGUUAGCAAGGACACAGCUAUGGACUUUGUCACAUUAUGCCCCAGUGCCUGAGCAGGAACUGACCAGCAUCAGCAUAGCAUGUGUAUUUCAUGAGAGUGUUUCAAUGUGCAGUGGUCCUGAUGAGAAUCCAGCAUCAAAUUGCCCCUUCCUGUUUCAUUUUUUGCAAGAGGAGCAGAUUUAAGAUGGCUGCUGGCCCCCGGAAGAGGAAGGAAAAGUUUUCUCCUGUAGAACUUGAGAUUUUGGUGGCAGAGGUGACCAAAAACCACGCUAGGCUCUAUGGGAGUGAGAGAGUCAACCUGAGCCAGCCAGAGAGGGAGAAGAUAUGGUGCAGCAUUGCCAGGAAGAUCAAUGCUGUUGCCAGGUCCCCCCGGACCACCCGGGACCUCCGGAGGAGAUGGGAUGAUAUGAAGAGGCGCACCAAGGAGAAGCUGGUGGAGAUGAGUCGCUCAACGGGGGAGCCCAGACCUGAUACUGUGCUGGUGCGGAUUUUGGAAAGUCCUUUGCUUGGGCAGGAGGAGACUAUUAAAGAGGCUGAGGCCAGAGUGGUGGCAGAGGAGGAGGAUGGUGGUGGUGGUGAUGAUGUUAUGCACACUGAUGGCCCUCACAUAACUCUGGAGCUUCAGUCAGAUGAGGAGGAGGAAGUGCCUGGUUGCACAUGGGUGCCUUUGAGGACUAUUGAAAUGCCUAUGCCAGCUGAGACAGAUGCGUUAGAGCAACGGGGGGCACUGCACACCUCAGUUUCCUCUCCCUCCCCACCUUCCUCCCCACAGAGGCAGCAGCGGGCUACCUAUGGGAGGCGGUCAUCCCAGACUGCCCGGCAUCCUAAGCGGAAGUACAACGUCUCAGAGUUUGAGAAGCAGCUGAUGGAUGCCCAUCUCCAGCAAAGCACCCUCUUGUCCUCCUGGUACCAGCAGCAGAGCUCCCUCAUGAUCCAGCAGAACCUCAUCUUGGAGAACUUAGUGGAACAGAACAAGAGGCUGGCAGACAACGUCGAGUCACUCAACCGGACGCUGGAGAAGCUGGUCGACUACCAGCAGCCAUGCAGGGAGACAGUACAUUUUGUGCAAGACUGCACCUCUGGGACUUCUGCCCGUCUGCCCUCCCGGAUAGCCAGUGGCGAGUCUGUGGGGCAGUCAGGGAUCGAGGUGUUCUCGGGAAUGAUCUUGAAAGUCGAAGAGGAGAUCUAAACAGAAACACAGACUCUUCUCAAACACCAUUUUCAGAGUUUUUAAAGACCAUUCUCUAAAACAAACACUUUUUAUGAUGGGUAAAAAAUUCCUCGUGUUUUCUAGGUCACGGUAAAUGCUACAGUAGCUCUUUUUUUAGUGGGUCAAGAUUCUUGGGUAUAUUCUACACAUAGCCUUUUUUGGUUGCCCAAUAUGGGACAGGAUAUCAUUCUUUUUUAUAACCAGCAGCGCUGUCCAUUUAUGAGAAACAAUUUUGUAUCAGUUCUUUUUAUUGUGAAAGAUAUUUUUCUUACAUAAAUCCAAAACAUAUAAAAAUAAACUCUGUUCAUAUUUAUCUUUACUCUUAAGAGUCUGUCCCCCGUGGAUAUUAUUCUUUUCCAGAAACAUUUUUAGGAACAGGUUUAAAAAAAAAAUAAAAGAAAUCAUUGCCAAGGCUAUAGAACGUGAGAGCCUGAUCCUGCUUCCAUUGAUGUCAAAGAGAAAUUUGUCAUUGACAUUGAUGGGAGCAGGAUGGAGUUCUUAUCGCUAUUUGGAUUAUGUUUGCUGAUUUAAUAAUAAUGGUGAGAGUUCUUUAAUGAGCAAAUAAGACAGUUUUUCUAAGUAUAAGCAUACGGAAUUCCGUUCAUUCUCCCUUCAGCCUAUCCUGACUCUCUCACUAGCUUUGUGUUUGAAAGACACACGAUGUAAGAAUGAAUGGGACAUUUAGGACUGUAGGAAUAUAAUACUCAAUAAUACAGUUCAACAUUGCCAGCUUGCACUGAUUUUAUCACGAAUCUCAUAAUAUUUGUGUUUUUCCUGAAAGCCUCAACUCUUGGGGAAUACAUAAGCAUCUGAGUUUUCCUUUUAAAAACCCUAAAGGUCUAGUCCACACGGUUUUAGAGAAAAGACUGAAAAAACAAUGCGGCUCCAGAGAAGGAGAACCCUUGAGGUCGGCAGUACCGCAUUCCAAAUCCGACUCAAGGUCCAUGUUGUCCUGCAGCCUGUCUCCAAUGGAGACUAGCACCAGCUGUUUUAUAGGAAGGUGCAAGAAACCCCACAGUGGGGAUUUACCUGCCCCCCAUGGAGGUCUCAUCCUGAUCCCUAAUAUUUAGAGAAUGGCUUAUACCACAAAGCCUGCAGUUUAAUAUCCCUUCCAAGCCUUUUUGUUUGCAUUAAGUAUUAUAACUGUGGAUAUUCUUGUUAUCCAGAUAAAUAUCCAAUCCCUCUUCGAAUCUUGCUACGUUUUUGGCCUCAACAACAUCAUACGACAAUGAGAGCCACAAGCUAAUUAUAUGUUGCUUGAAAAAGUAUUUCCCUUUAUUGGUUUUGAGUGUGCCGCCUUUCAGUUUCAUUGGACAGUCCCCUGUUUUUAUGUUUGAAUUGGUUUCCUUCCUUUCCAGUGCAUAAUCCAGUGUGAAAGUGUGAAACUUCUAGGGCACACCAAAUCAGUUUAUUAAGAAUAAUGCCACUCUGUGCCCAGGCAAAGGGUAAAUGGAUCUAAAAAUCUCCAUUGAAGAAAUAGCCAAAUAAAUUCUUGGUAAGAAUUAGCACAGUUCAAUUACCAGAAUCUUGCCAGAAUCCCAGUUUUUUUUCAUCUACUGCAAAGAGUUAAAUAAAAAACAAAUGGUGCUUGGCUAUAGAGCCUAUAUCCCAACCCUUCUAUUGACCUCAAAAUCCACUUUAACAUUUGCAAAUCAGAAGGCAGUUAUUUGAAAUAGCUUGAUGCUUGGAAGGAUUCACCUUCACUGAAUGACUUUGGCUACAUUGUGGCCUUAUACACGGUUACACUCAGGCAGCUUUAAACCUCUCUAACAGUAUAAAGGGGCCUUAAAGUAAGCAUAAAUAUAAUAUACACCCACUUUAAGGUCUGUUUUUGCUGUCAGAGUGGUGUAAAGGGUCCUUAGUGUCAAAGACAAGCACCCCUGUGUCUUUUAUUCCCUCUUGCUGUAAAGAUUAUACCAUUUUCUGUGGCAUAAGCAUCUUUCAGAUAGCACUAUAAAGUAUUUUCUUUCCUUUCCCUCCCUUCCCUUAUAUUCAUAAAACACCCAGUGAACGAAGUAAGUUCCCUCAGAGUGUAAUAUACUUUAACAUCAGUGCACAAAAAUGAAGUUUACAUAUUAUAAUUAUCUUUUGAUAUAAAAAGCUGGAGGUUUGCAUUUAUUUUUACGUUUGUAAUGUA